CAAGAGGGAGGCCCCGGGUUUUAAAGAGACCGCUGACCGCGGGUGUAAACUCAAGGGACGGCGGAGCCAUGUCCACCUUGCGUCAAGACGUCACGUUGGACGACAUGAGCAGCGUCGGCAGCGACGUCGACGUCGAGCACUUCUUCGACGACUUCGCGUCGUCGCCGUCGUCUUACGACAACCUGGUGUUCGAUCAGGAGGACCUGACGGACGACUCGCGUUCCCCCGACGGCUCGACUUCUCCCAGCGCCCGACGGCGACGCAAGAAGCGCUCGGCGGUGCAGCAACAAGCGCAGCGUCAGGCCGCGAACCUACGCGAACGGCGACGCAUGCAGUCCAUCAACGACGCUUUCGACGGCCUGCGUCAGAGGAUUCCGACGCUGCCGUACGAGAAGCGGCUCUCCAAAGUCGACACUUUGCGUCUCGCCAUCGGGUACAUAAACUUUCUGACGGAUCUGCUGAACUCUGACGUGGAACUAAACGGAGAAGUCAUCCCGAACCAACCACAGCCGAAAAAAGUCGUCAUAUGUCACCGCGGGACAGGAAUCCCGACGCCCGGAGACCUCGAGUACGGCCUCCCGCCGCUGGCCGGACAUUCCCUGUCCUGGACGGACGAGAAGAAACCGGCCAGUAGCGGGUCCACCCUGUACGCCAAAGUCUGGACACCCGAAGACCCGAGGUCGAGCCGAAGUAAGACGACAGGUUACGAGAACGUCACGCCGGCAUAAAACGAGUCCCGGUCGGAAAGUCGUUGUUGUAUCCAGAACCGUGCUUUAUCCAGAA